CCACCAAGUGUGAUCGUGUACAACACACGGGCACAGAAUUGAAACGAGCGGCGUCCAGUGCAGAUCGUAGCGGACUUUGCGCAGCAAUUGCGAACAAGUUCGGUGAGCCAAGUUGAACUGCAAGAGUCUUUAGCAUUCAGGCCCAGCAGCAGCAGCCCACGCGUUACGCGCAGAGUGCAGAAAUCGAAAGGUGAAAGAUCGGUUGAAGCAGCAAAUGUACAGCGCGUGCACAGCGGAAUUAAAUUGUGAACAUUGACGCACUUACAGGACACAUUGUUUCGAAAAGUGUUUCUCUUUUCCGGUGAAAUAAAUCGUGUGCUAUCGGGAACUUAUUUUCGCGCAUUUACUUAGAACAAACGCAAGAAGUUAGCCGCGUGUGUGUUUGCGUCCGGUAAAGCUUUCCGCGAAACACGGUUAUCGGUGUGUAGCAAGAAAUUAGCAACAGUUUUUUGAAACUGCACACGAAAUAACCAGUCAUCCAGGUUCGGUUUGUGAAUUGUCACACAGUCCCCGACGUUCUACUCUCAAACGCACCGUUCCCGAUAUAGCGAAGAAAAAAGGAACAUUUUUUCGACUACCAAGUGUAAACGUUCUUCAGUAGUAGUGGCAAAAGUGAAACAUUAUUAGUGUUCCGCGCAGUUCCAGUACGAAUAGUGUGUGAUCCCGCGGCGGAAACCAUUUUCGAUUUCAUUUUUUUUGCGAAUCAGGUCGCAAAUUAUUAUUCGAAACUAAACACACAAAAAAAGGAAAAAAUUAAACGAACAAAAUCCUUUUUCACUUGGCCCUCAAAAGCAAAGCUCCACCUGCGAAAAGUUCGAAAAACGUUCGCGAAAAGAAAAAUAAAACGACAGCGCACCCACACUGGUACGAGCCCGGUUUCAAGAACUGCACAAUUUAAACGCGCGCUUCAAAGAAAGUGAAUCGUAGCAAAGCGAGUAACGAGAGAGGUUUGUGAUUUGUUCAAAGUGAAAAUCAUUAUUUAAAAACGGCCCAAAUAGUGCAUUUUCCGGAGUCGAGAAAAAACGAAAUCGCUAUUAUACACGCGCGCUCGGUUGUCUCUCCGCCAUAUCAAUUUCGUUUGCUGCAACAAAAAAGAAAAAGGAAGGAAAAAAAGCAAAGUGUUCUGCGGAAGGAAUUCCUCUGCUGUAAUAGUUCCCCGGAAAAGCGAAUGAGUGUGUUGGUCGAUAUUUUAAGUUUUUGAGCUUUUGUUUUACUACUAUUGUUUUUCCACCCUAACAAAAGUGGCGGUGGUGUGAUUCUCUCUGUGGUGUGGUUUUUUUUAUUCGCUGAUACAACCAAAAAGUGAUCUUUGGUGUGCGGCCCCGAGAGCAAAAGCGCGCCUCCUGAGUGUGAUACAAAAGUGAGCUUUUGUGUUUGUGUUACGUGUGUGGUAUUGUGCCUCUUUGUGUGUGCAUUCGCCCGCAAACAAGAUCGGGCAAAAGGUAAAUCGAUCAGCGCGAAUCGGCGAGAUAUUCUAGCUCUCGUCAUCAUCCGCAGGCUUUUUGCGUGUUUUUUAGCAGCAAAAGUGUGCGUUAAAGUGCGUAUGUGCUACCUGUGUUAGUAGUGCGUGCGAUACCAACAAGUAAAAUUCGUGCCUCGUGUGAAGCGGCUGGAAUAAAAAUCUCCAUUAGAAAAAAAGAGCCUGAAAAACGAGCGCAUCCUCCGUAGCAACAACAUGUCUACUGCGAUAAUGCACAGCGCGUCACUCUACGAUUUUGGAGAGUAUCCACGCAAGAAUCAGACGAACACUUCCCGGAGCAACACACAGAUGAUCGUUGGAGGUGGGGGUGUUGGUGGCGGCAACGUACACAACAUCACCCCUGCCGGUGGUGCGUCGAACACUAGCAACGCGUUCGUGUUUUCGCCCACCUUCAAUGUUACCGCUGCGUUGGUCGCUACCAAUGGCAGUGGCAACGCUCAGCAAACGCUUAACGGCAACCAUCAUAUUGAGCAGCAGCAGCAGCAGCAUCAGCAGCAAUCUCAGCAAUCGCCACACUUUCACCGUAAGAUCCCGCUGAGUCGGCUGCUGCUGGAUCUGGAUGAUGCUUCAACCCAGCACAAGCAGCAACAGCAGGGCAAUAAUAAUGGUGGCAGUGGGGCGACACACCAUCAUCCCCUGUUCCGUACCGCUUCCCAACCAGCGACCCGCCAGAUGGUGGGAAAUCUGUUGGAGAUGAUCGCGCUCAACGGUAUCAAGCUGUCCCAGGACAUGAGUUUCGGCAGCACCGGCAGCAACAGUGCUAACUCCAUUAGCAGCAACAAUGGCAACAACAACAACCAGCUCGCUACUACUAGCAACACCACUUCCUCCUCCUCCGGUCACCGGAAGUUGGAACGAACGCAGUCCGAACCGCUGCCACAGCAAGUAAAUACCUCGAGAUACAAAACCGAGCUCUGCCGACCGUACGAGGAGGCGGGAGAGUGCAAGUACGGUGACAAGUGUCAGUUCGCGCACGGCAUGCAGGAGCUGCGUAAUCUGCAGCGCCACCCGAAGUACAAGACCGAACUGUGCCGCACGUUCCACAGCGUCGGUUUCUGCCCGUACGGGCCACGCUGUCACUUCGUGCACAAUGCGGAGGAAGCGCGCAACCACAACCGCAACGUGGCGGCUUAUCAUGCACGGUUGGCCGCGGCUGCUGCAGCCGCUGCCGGCAACAACUCAUCGUCCCAGUCGUCGCAGGGUGCGGCCCGAAACGGCAACAACGGUCCCAGUAUGCUUAACGGCAACAACCAGCAGCAUCAUCAUGGACACGGUCAUCACCACAGUCAGCAGCACAAGGCACUGUCGAUGGCACAGCUGCAAACGGCCAUUCUGCAGCAAUCAUCCAUGGCCCAUGCGCAGCAGCAACAGCAGCUUCAUCAUCAUCAGCAACAACACCAUCAUCAUCAUCAUCAGCUGCCACUCAGCCCGGCACUGUCGAUGUCCACCGGGUCUGACCGCGCUUCACCGAUCGGCUCGCUGUCCCUGAGCCCAACCACAUCGAUGGCGAACUUUUUCCCGGAAGCGAUCAGUCCCACGCUGCAGCAGGGUGGUGCCAUUCCACAGCCGUUCCUCUUCCCGACCAGUCCACCGGCCAGCCCGAUCGAGGGCCUGUCGCCAAUGGCCACACCACCGCCGUCAUCACCCUCACUAGUCGCCAUGAAGAUGGGUGGUUCAGGAGGAGCAGGUGGAUCGAUGGGUCACGCGGGUGUUAAUAAUAUGGCCACCACGGUUGGCAUUGGGCAGGAGGAACGCCUUCCGGUGUUUAAUAUGUUGAGCUCCGUCGUCGAACCGUACGCUCAACUCUCACUGUAAAAACACCCUCCCUAUAUAUAUAUGUCAAUAUAUAGAGUCAGCGACAGUAGCAGCAGCAGCAGCAGUAGCAGCAGAGCACACACACACCUUAGGUACGCUAGAAAGCAUAACUUUUUGUUCUAAAAUUUUGACGUCCUUCUGUUUGGUGUGAUAUGUAGAAAGGAGGAACUAUUUUUUCGGAUGGGAUUUUUUUUUUGUUGGGUUUUUGUAACACACCGCGGGCGCCCGUUGGUGUUUUCUUCUGAAAAGAGAGAGAGAGAGAGAGAGAGAGGGAGAGCUUCUCUCUGUUUUGCUAAUUGUGUAAAGAAUUUAACAAACUUGUAUAACGCAGGUUUUUUGUGUGUGCAUCCUUUUCCAUCUGUAUUGUAUGGAGCUCGUGAAUUAAAUGGAUGACUCCCCGAUACAUAUAUACGCAACACCAGCUGAUAGUGUUGCCAGCUAACAUGCUACCGAAAAAAAAACAAUAGGUCUCAGUAAUGGUGAGCUUUUUUUUGGGGGGUGAGGGAAUUUACAGAACUAUUUUGACGUAUUUAUAUUUAAACCUUAUUCGAACGAAAGAUCGAGAGAUAGCGAGAAAGUACAUUGCCUUUUUUCUGAAGGGAUAGAAUGAAAUGAAAAUAUGUGCGCCACGAGAUAAAAGGAACAUAUGCGCAGGAAAUAACUACUAAACGAAACACAAGAACUAACGGAUAGAAGGAAAUAUUUAUUGAUUUUUGCACUAUAUUUACAUACACCCUUAUUUGUCGUCUGAUUCAGUUUCUUAUGUGAUGUAAUACGGUACGCUAGUAAUAAUAUUAUUGGAAUAUUUCUUUUAAUUAUUGUCUCCCCUUUAUAGAUGUAUAAUUGUCAUAUAGCUAUUUGACUUUUUUUUCUUUCGCUAACGGUAUAAACGUAUGAAGUGAUUGAAAACACGGGGGGCUGUGUGUGUGUGUAAUUGAUUGGAAAGUAAAUCUAUAUCAGGUGUUGCGAAUUUUGCCUGAAACGUUAAAACAAAACGCAAAUAGCAGGAGGAUAGAUAAACCGAUAUCAAAAAGCUAUUGAUAGUAAACACACACACACCCCUAUUCAGCCAUCUUCCGUAUGGGAGGGGUACGCACCAGGAAGCGCAUCUGUCGGUGUGUGCACUUAACUGCAGAUAAAGCAAAUGCGCUUAGAAGAGAAUGAAACAGAGGAGAACGAAGAGAGAGAGAGAGAUAAAGUGAGUUUGCCAAAUAGAAGACAGAACGUAUAUAUAUAAUCCGUUUGAUAUGACGAGAAUGAGAGCGACAGCACAAAUAUGCCACCAUUUUUUUUAAAAAAGCUCAUAAUGUACAAUCCGCUUUCGCUCCCAUCGAAAAGACUACCUGUUGAUAUCGACUACUUCUAACACUGUUUCUUCAACUUUUCCAACUAUACAGCACUUGCGCGCACCGUUGUUGCUUGUUUUUUUUCUUCAUAAUAUUAUUGUACGAAUGAAAACCCACAUUUAUAGUCACUAAACUCAGAUUUAUUUAAUUAUUAUUUAUUACAUCUACGCAAACACACAUUUCUUGUUGGUAAUACAGAGAGUAAGGAGCAAAGACUACGCCAGUGUUUGGUGUGUUUCGUUUUAUCACUCCUACACUGAUAAUAUCUAAUCUGCACACAUUUAUUAUACGCUGUCACGAGCCGCCUUUCAUACUUUUGUACUUUUUCUCACCGAAUUCAAUUUCUUUUUAUUGUAUUCCAUUUUGUUUCAUGAACUGAAAAAACGUCAAUGUUGCAACCUUGUUAUGUAUCCCUCUCUCUCUCUUUCUUCCUCAAUUUCCCCUGACCCCGAACCCAGGCAGUCAUAUUAUUAAACUGAUUUCGUAUUUUUUAUACAAACUAUGUAUUAAUGUGCUAUAUUACACAUACAUUAUAAACCGUACGACUAUAUAUAUAUUUCUUUUUGCGUGUGUGAAAUAUGGGUGAUGAUAACGAAACUAUAGAUAGACAGUAAACCAACGAAUUGUUUCUGCGCACCGAUAGAAUCCCUUUUUUUAAUUUAUUUUAUUUAUUCUCAACUUCCUUUGAAGCAAAAGAAAAACGGUUAGAAAUACUAAUGCACUCACACCCCCACACGGAUAUAGAUGGUGGAAAGAAUUAAACGAAAAAAAAAACUAAAGUAAAUUCAAUUAUAUAUUAUAUUGCUGAAAAUGUAAACCCGCUCAUAAAUUAUAUGCAUUAGGCAGCAAAACAGCACCACAAUAUGGCAACGCGCCGCACCCUGAUCAUUUACUUGCCACAAUAGCUUGAACUGUGUAAACGUCACCUAAUAAUCCACUUUUUUAUUUGUAUUUUUUUUACAAUAGUUGGCAUGAAAUUUUGUGUUUUUGGUGUUGUAAUAAGAUUCGUCCUUUUGGGAUAGUAAUAAUAAUUUAAAAAAUGGCCCAAAAUAAGACAUGAAACAUUUGAGCCAAAUUAGACACUCUCUGGGACCUCGACUCACCCACCUAAUUCCCUAGAUUAUAAUAAAGGCAAUGUAAAAGACCACUCACUCAUCCGCUGUUGUAAGCCACAUAUGGGGAUUUUUCGUUUGUUUGUUUUUUUUUUGGCGAUGAGAGAUUAUUUAUCAGCAGAAAUGUGAUGUUUUCUGGUGCGUGCAGCAAAGAUGUGUGUUUGUGUUUGAAUCACUAAUUUAUACUUACAUUAAUCUUCCAAAAAAAAGACGAAUUAAAAUGUACGAAGAAACAGAGGGCACAAGCAAAACAAAAGGCACAACAACAACAAAACAAAAAGUGAUCACUAAGCUAAAGCACGUUUAGAUGUUUAGAAAAUAAGCAGCAAAAAACCACCUCACACACACACACACACACACACGCUCUGCUUUAUAAAGGAGCCUCCCAUAACGCAGCAGCAGCAGCAGCAGAAGACACAAACAGCCACCGUUACUUUCAGCAGGAAAUUGUUUAGCAGAGAGAAAGGUCCUACCGUCAUCAAUAGCUAGAAUCAAGAACAGUGAACGGUGACCCACAAGAGAACGAUGUGUAAAGCGCAUAAAAAGACGAUCAUUUAGAUGGAAAAGGAAAAUAAUGGAACCAAGUGGAGGGGUGAGACAGGAACUAAAAUCAAAAGCACAGGUUAAUCUUUGUAGUUUUUUUUUCUUUAUUUUCUUAUUUUUUUGUUUGUCUAUACGUACGAUCGCUAUUACUAUUUUGUAAUUAUUAUUAUUAUUAUAAUUAUUAUUUUAUUACUAUUUUAUUAUCAUCGAUUUAUAUGUAAUUAAAAAAAAGAAUAAUUAUUAAUUUUCUAUACUGCGCUAUUUACCCUAUAUAUAUACACAUUGUACAUUUGUAGUAAUUUAUAUUUUCCGCGGUAAGGUCCGUGUUUUUUUUUUUACUCUGCAUGUUUAUAUUUUUUUAUAUAUACAUAUCUUAUAUAUGUGGAACACUGCAAAACCUUUUUAUGUUGUGUGUACAUGCAUGUAAUAUUAUGAUUUUGGAUUCACCAAGCGAGUGCCUUAUGAGAAUCGAAUCGAAUCAUACCAUCUCGUGUGUGUAAGCGCUUCUAAUCCCAACCAACAGAUCAGCACACGCAGACCGGACAGCUUUACGUGCUAUAUGGGAUGUUGGAGCGGCUGUGACAUUACUCUGUGGUAAAGUGAGUUGAGUUUGGUCCGCCAUGGAAAUGGAACUGUGCGCGUCUGUCUGUCGUCACUCGGUUGUGGCUCUGUGAGCGUGCGUUGAUUAUUAUUGUCUUCCUUCUAAAUACACUCUUAAUAAAACAGCAUGCAGCGAGCGCCGUUUAACAUCAAGCGUGAGCUGUAGUGUAGUGCUUUAAAAUGUGCUUCCAAAAGUAAAUCGUACGCAAAAUAGAGCCAAACCGUAAAACCGGCCCCAGACACCCAGUUUAUCAUUAAGCGGACAAAUCUUACCCCACAAACCCUUUGAGCAUAGUCUGCUUACAAAGCUCCCAACACGGAAUGUGCGAUCUGUUCUGUGCGUGCGUACGCUGACUGGGUUAGUUCCGUGUGAUACGCGAAUUGCGUGUGUGGUAGAUUUUCUUUCCAAUUGUUCAUGUGUAAAAUGUAGCAUUAAGGUAAGGGAAAAUGCGUGUGUGAAGACGGCGUAUGUGAAGGUGGAUAUGUUUGUCCAGCAAAUAUAUACAAAUAUAUGAUAAAAAAGUGUAUCGAUGUAAGCGUUUCAGUUAAAAAAAAAUAAAAUCUGUUUACAUCGAGAUGUAAAACAGUGGCAAACAAGCAGAAAAAAAACUAAAUACAAGAAAACACAAAACCCAAUCGUGAUCAUAUACGUUAAACUGUGUAAACACAAACCAUUACACAAACACACUUCGAACAGGUUGAAGAGGAAUUGUAUGAUGCUGUCUCUGCGUAAAGGACAAGUUUAAGCAUUAAAAUGAAAACGAAGAAAAAAAUACAAUACACAAAAUUAUAUAAAAACAAAA